AUGUCUUCCUCAACGCAGGACCUCAUCCCGCAACUUCACCUCUGGACAACGUUCGGGGCACUUUUUAUUGGGGUCAACAUUGCUGCAGUUCUCUUUGGUCUCAGCAACAUUCAAGCUUUCAUCUACUUUCAGACGCACAAGGGCACAGGGAUUUCAUUCUAUAAGUUGGUCGUCAUCUGGCUUUGGAUACUCGAUGCUUUGCAUCUGGCCUUGAUAGUCCAUUGCAUGUAUUAUUAUUUGGUGACCAACUUCGGGAACAUCAAUGCACUCACAGAAAUUGUAUGGAGCUUCAAGGCCCAGAUAGUAGUCGAUGUUUUAAUCGUCUAUGCGGUACAUCUUCUGUAUCUUUAUCGCAUAUGGAUAAUUAGCGAGGGCCGAUCAAGAGUUAUCCCUAUAACAGUGGCCGUAAUAGAAUUGCUAGGCUCAGGUAAAUCUAUCACGUCUGGAUUCUCCAUCCGCUUGAUCUUGAAGCUUUCAGGUGUUGCCAUAGCCCUUAUUUGGGCCGUAUAUCAGUGCCGAUUGUUCUCGGAUUUGCUCGACAAGGAGUGGUCGACAUACAUGACUUUGGGCACGACGACUUUUGUCGAUAUCGUGAUUGCAUCGUCACUAUGCUACCUCCUCGCUACUUCCCGUACAGGAUCCUCUAGCACCGAUUCCUUGAUCACAAAGCUCAUGGCUUACAUUAUUAAUACAGGUAUCCUGACAAGGUAUUCCUUCUUCCAAACUAUCCAAUAUCUUGACUCAAAUUUCAUGCAGCAUAUGUUCAAUGGCAACUAUUAUUACAUGAUGCCGAACAACUUCGUCUUCCUCGGUGUUGAGUUUUUAUUGGCCAAACUGUAUGUUAACUCGUACCUCGCGCUCCUGAACGCACGACACUACGUGCAAGCCAACGCAGACACUGGCAAUUCUUACCAAUUCGAUAACAUCUACCGCCCGGAGCUGCCCGCUGGGGCGUCGCAAGACGAGGAGCUCCAGGCAUCCCGGCAGGACGUUUGUAAACUUCCCGACGAUGACUCGGAAGUGGCGCAUCCUACUCGAUUUGUCGUGUCGCAGCGGCCCAUUGAGGUGACUGUACAGAUGGAUUCCUUGUCAGUGUGA